AUGAAUAAUUCCACCACUCGACUACCGGAAGUUACGGGAAUUUCAAUACCGCAUAUUGUCAUUCAGCGCCCAAGUGACGAUGAAGAAUAUCAAAUUAAUCAGACUCACUCAGUGAAAACUGGCCCACGUCCUUACAUCGUUGCCUGUACGGUUCAUGGUGUAGAAUUUCCUUCUGAAACUAAACUGAAAGCUUUUCUACGAGCUCAAGAAAAUUGGCAUCGUGAUAUUGGCCAAAUGCGUCAUCAUGCAACUCUAGCUACUCAUGAUUUACAACUAAUCCGUUUUCCGCUUGUUUACACUUUAAAGGAAGCAAAAUCAUUUCUAAUUCAUCCGUUAAACAGAUCUGUUAAUGGUACUGGUGACGCAUUUUUAAGACAAUUAGUUCAAGAAGCACAUCAAGUUUAUCGUUAUUUGAAUGUAUUGGAUAUUGAAAGUGCAAUAGCUUCAAAUGUAUUCAGUGAUGUGUUGGUUCCUAUUGUUGUGGAUAGUACACCAGUGGUUAUCUCAGUCCCUCCACUUACCAAUAGUCAUCACACACGUUUAACUGUAGACACACAUAAUAUACUGAUUGAAGUUUCUGGAAUCAAUUUACCUUUAUGCAAACAAUUUGCUGAAGUAGUCAUCGCUUGGUUAUUAGAAAAUGCUUGUCCACAAUCAAAGGAAAAUAAAUCCAGUGACAAACCAAAUACUGGGGAAGUUAAUACAACAGAACAAUCACAGCUUGUUGACGAAGUGGAUAAAAGGUUAACACUGAAGUCGAUUGUCGUUCCACCUAACUCUCUUGUGGUACGCCCAAUCCGUGUUGUCGAUGUUGAUUUCGAUUACAAUCUAUGUGUCAUGUUUCCAUCACGAUCGGAUUUAACUGAUGCAAAGUUUAAUACCAUUCGUUAG